UGAAAUUUCUCCUCACGCUCACUCGCGCGCUCGCGCACUCACGCAGCCGGUCGUUCGGUCGGUCGGACGGGUUCCUCGCGCAGCAAAGCGAAAGCACCAGCGCGGAAUCCAGCCGAAAUUGUCGGGUCGUGCAGAAGAAAAUGGGAACACACAUCUCCCAACUUUUUCACUAAGAGGAUUCCCAGACGCUUUAAUGGCAUGGCUGUCGACGCUGCCUCCAGCUUUAGUUUCUGUCGUCCUGCAGUAGAGUACAAGGCUCUUCCAGAGGACUUUAAGUACCAGCUGAGCCGCUGCACAGGUGGAAAUCUUACCUGGCAUGAGUGUCGUGGGAACAAAACAGCAGGCGGUCGUACUGUCAAACUUCUACAGCAACCCGGAACCGAGACUUUGCAACUGCACACAGGGGAUGCAUACUCUGUGUACCAUACCAGUCCAACCCUGCCAAGUCUGUCUAGGCCAGUGGUUCUGUGGUCCCAACAGGAUGUGUGUCGGUGGUUAAAGAAACACUGUCCUCACAACUAUCUGACCUACGUGGAGGCUUUUUCGCAUCACGCCAUUACAGGCCGAGCUUUGUUGAGACUGAAUGGUGAGAAGUUGGAGAGGAUGGGUCUGGUUCAAGAAACUCUCAGACAGGAGCUUCUUCAGCAGGUCCUGCAACUGCAAGUCCAGGAGGAGAGACGCAACCUUCAGCUUCUCAGCAGAGGGACUUUUGGGAACCUGUCAUAGCUACAGCCAUGCGUAGGAAGCUCUGCCAGGCUCAGUAUGCUGUGAGAGGGCAUCGAGGUAUGGGGCCAAAGGCUGUGUGUAUGCAAGAAGAGACCUCUGUCUUUGACUACCACAGGCCACUGAGGGUUUGGCAGAGCUUUUAGCAUCACCAGCUAAACCUUCAUGUCCAUCUGAAAUUCCUGAAGAGCACAGACUGAAUCUGCAGCAACAAGCAGAAUAAACAAUCGAACCUGAAUCUCCCCUCUGAGAGUACUGCACUGCUUUGUAGUGUCUCUUUGAGCACAAGGCUCUGGAACU